AUGACGGCAGUAGGGUGGGCAACAGAUUCUGGAAAUCAGUAUGAGAUGGUUGGAGAAUCAGAAUUACCGGACUUUCCAACGCCAGUUAUCAUAACGGACAAGCGCGGACGAUCGAAGUGGACGGUCUCCAUACCCCCCAAUCACGAGUUUCCUCUCACGCCUACACAAUACGCCGAUAUUUGCUCUCAAAAUAUGGAAGUUGCUGCCACGGUUGCAGACCUACAUAGCCACGUGCAUCGAGAGCACACUGCACACUACGACUACUACCACGUGGACCAAAAUUUCAUGGACGUUGCUGAGGCGGAGGCUCAUGGGCUUUUACCUGGAAUUAAGACGAAGAAUAGUGUAAAGGAUGAUUCCUUGGUGGGCGAAAAAAAGGGCGACUUGAUUGAUUCAGAUGUCUGUGAUAAGACUUUAACUUUUGUACUGGAAACCUCGGAUGCGGGGCUUGGUAAAACCUUGAUGAUGUUAUGGACUGCGUUUGGUUUGGCUCAAAAGGAAGGAAGGCAUUUUUUCGUAGAUGACUCAAGAUGGGCAUACGGUAAAUACACCACCUUCUUCCAACCACCACCAGCACCCAAGUGUAGACCCCCACCACGACACGAAAUGCUUCCAUGCCCACAUCAUGCUCGCCAUCUAGUGGUCUCGGCUGCGACCGUUACUCAUACCUUUGGAGGAUCUUUCAACGAUUAUUUUGAGGAUGCGCGAAAGAUGGAAGUCUACCGACAAAAGCCAAUUUUUGAAAUGGCCCGAGUCGGGUACACAGCGCUUUUUCACCUAUCCGAUGGAGAUGAUGAAUAUGUCGAUAGAAGGGCCGCGGAAUUCAGAGCAAAAACGACACUCGAUCCAGUGGAUCAAGAAAGUGGAAUCGUCAUCGGUGUACAUGUUCGCCACGGAGAUAGAAGGCCAUUCGAAUUUCAGUACAAGGAUAGCUAUAUCCCAUUAACAGUAUAUAGCGACACAGCGCGCAUGCUACUGGACAAGAAAUACAACCACUCACUUCCGAAUGGAGGUCAUGAUGCUUUGGCUCAGAUGGCUAGUGCAAUUGUUCUUGCGUCCGACGAUCCCGACGUUUACGAUUCAGACGAAUUCAAGGACGUAUCUAGAGCACAAGAGCAAAUUCGAUUAGCGUCCAAGAAUGCCCUUGAAGCAGCUACCCCUCAACCCAACACUCCAGGCCCAAGAAAAUUUGUCGAUGACACAGUAGGAUGGGAAGGUGGAUUUUUUGCCGGCAUGUUCUGGAGUUUGGGUAAACCUUCCGGAACUCCCAAAACUGCAGUUGAGAAUCCCGAAACAGCAUUGACUCCAACUACCGAAGCUUUAAGAUUGAGGGAAUUGGUUGGAAGAGCUUAUUUGAUGGAUUUGGCAGUUUUGGGAAAAGCAAGUGACAAGAUUAUUUGCACAGUCAGUUCCACUGGCUGCAGAAUCCUCGCUGUCAUGAUGGGCUGGGAGAAAGCGAUUGAUCAAGCGUAA